AUGACAGCUGACCCGUCAGUUGUUGUCCUACAAAAAAUUGUCAAUUAAAAUGAACAGCUGUCCAUCUCAUAAAGUUUCUUUUUCGUAAUUGAUGUGUCACGUAAAAUAAAUGAUAUUUAUGCUGUGUAAACAACUUAAAUAAAUAUAGUAUUUAUUAAAUUUUGAGGAUUUUUCGAAAUAGGAUGUCGAUUCCUCCACUUGUUUGCAGCACUCCUCCACCUCCUGAACAAUGUGAAGACGACAAAGAUCACGAAGAUUUUGAUAUAACAUACAAUUUAUCUCAAGAAGAUGACGAAGAAGAUAGUACUGAGUAUAAUUAUGGAAAUUAUAGCGGUUACAAUAUUUAUCCUCCCAAAUCAGAACAAACAGAAAAAGAUAAAUGGCCUUUAAAUUUUGAUAAAGAAAUCCAAAAAGGAUCAGAAGAUAUUUUGAAACCUGAUGGAAUACCAAGUAGUGACAAUUUAAUAUCAAGUGAAAACAUUAAAUAUGAUGACAAUAUAUUAGAAGAUUUAAAUUUAAAAGUUAACUCAGACAAUGUACAUUCCAGUGAUACACCUACUAAAGAAUAUGAGACUGAAGCUGACAUUUAUACUAAUGAAAGUCCUGAUAAAAAUUCUAUGAUACAAGAUGAGGGAGGUACAGAUAUUAUAGAAAAUGUUGAAGAGAAUGCUAUAGAUUCGCCUAAAGUUUUUAGUAUUGUGUCAAAUGUUACUGAUGGACUAAGUUUUGAGAGUGAAAGUGUGGGAAUAAAGUCAGAAAAGUCGUCUGACGAUUUAUCAGAAACAAGAUUUGAAGAUAAGAUUAGUACAAUACAAACCGAACAGUAUAUAUUAUCUGAUAGUAUGCAAUUGAAAGAUGAUCAAGAAAUAUCAGAAAAUGUUCUCGAGUCAAAAUGUAAAAACUUUGAAACCGAACGACAGCCAAACAUUGAAGAAUUUGAAGAUUUUGAUGACUUCCAGUUUACACAGUCUGAAGUAACACAAGCCCUUCCUGCAAACAGUGAAAACCCUUGGGAUAACAAUGCCAAUGAAAGUUCUGAUUUUGGUGACUUUAAGGCCAACUUUGAUAACGUAAGCACAGAAAAACUUGAGGAAAAUGAAUCAAAAAGUCAUAAAGAAGUAACAAUUGAUGGUGAUAAUGAUGAUUUUGGAGAUUUUGAUGAUUUUAAAUCUGUUAAUAAUCUUGAAAGUGAAGAAGAUAAGCAAGUAACUUCAAGCAGUAAUGUUCCGGUGUUAAGCUUUCAUUCUUCAGAUAAUGAGUUGCAAAUUGUAGAUAGUAUUAAUAAUGUGUUAACAACAAUAUUCACUGAUGAAUUACCCAAACCCGAAAAUGAUUUAGAUGGAAAACUUGAAUUGUUUUUGAAUGAAACAUGGGGUCAUUUGAUUGAUAUAGAUGUAAGGCAACCUUACAUUGUUAACUGGAACAAUUCUUUGGCUCAGAAAACACUUUUAAAGGCAUUGUGCAUAGACUCCAGGAACAUAUUGUUCGGUCCAAAAUGGAGCUACAACAUGCCUAAAUAUGCAACAAAUCUAAGCACUGCCCCCUUACAACCUCAAAAACAACAUGUUCAGUCAAACCCAUCAAAUACUGAAUCAACUGAAAAGGUGCCCAGCAAGGAAACAGCUUCAUGGGUCGACCCUUUCACACCUGAUGGACGUGAAUACACCUACGCUGAAGCUCUACUCCUAGACUUAGAGCAUCUAAUGGCCACAUUAGACCAAAUGGCUCACAAACAUUCCUCAUUAAAAAUUUCAGAGCUUCUGUCACAUGCUUGCAGUGUUGACAAUGAUGUUAAGAAAACUGAGACUGUAAAAAGACCAUCAGAUUUAGAUGUUUUUAGCAGUGAACCAUCUACAAAUUUAAAUAAGAUUUACUCUAGUACCAUUCAUGUACAACCAUUGCGACAUAUCAAUUUACCCGACACUCAUAUAUUUACACCAACUGACUCUGAGACUCCGAGAUCUAAAACAAUUCACUAUGAUAGUGGACCACCACUAGUGCCUCAGCAGGUUUUAGAACCAGCUACAAGCCAGUCUGACCAGCAUAUUUCUCAACCAAGCAAUAUAAACGAAAAUGAUGACUAUUGGGAGUUUCAAGAUUUUAAAAGUACAGCCACAGAGGUUUCUGCCAGUAGUGUUAAUGAAGUAGAGGAACAGACUAGUAUUACCAAGAACUUGUCGAGUAACACUACAGAAAAGGCUGGUAUUACAUAUCAAACUCAGAUAUUACAACCAAUUAAAUUGGAACCUAUCAUACCCACACUUAAUUGGCCGGAUCCAGGAGAAGUAAAGGAAACAUUUACAGAUUUUUCUGAAUUCGUUUCUAAUAGUGCAUGGAGCGAAAAAGAUAAUACAAAUUCUGAAAAUAAUGUAAUAAAUAUUCAUUCAAAAGAGAAGGACAAUUCAGUAGGCCCUGUUCCUCCAACUGACAAUAUAGAAGAUGAAUUUAAAACAUUCCAAUCUGCACCAAUUUCUGGCUUGCCAUUGGAUGUCGGAUCUACUUUUGUAAGUACCCAGAAUUUAACUUCAAACAACUUAAGUAAACAAAAAAAUUCGACAGAUAAAAAUAUACAAAUAAAAAAAGAGAACAGCCUUAUAGAACCCAAUAUUUCAUUUGUGGAGAAUAAAAUUUUAUCUACAAUGAAUACUUUAAGCCUACAAGAAGACACUCUUACAAAAACAAGUGCAAAUAAUACUGCAAACCAUUUAAACAGUGAUAUUUUGUUACCUAUAAACUCAAGCUCAAAUACAACAGUACGAAGUCAUCAUAACACAGGCCAAAUAUUACAACCAUUAUCUCUUGAAAGUUACUCCCAAAUCAAUUGGCCUAACCCUGGCAUAGAUUUACAAGAUUUAUCAAGAUUUAAUCCGAUGAAUAGUCUUAAUUCAUUAAAAUAUGAUAUAACUGCUGGUAGUAGCAAGGUUGGAUCACCAGCUCACAAUUCUGUCAAAACUGUUCAUGAAAUACCCGAUGAGGACAUUUGGGGCGAGUUUGUAUCAAAUGUACCUAAGACACAGCAAACAUCUCCAAAGAAAAAUAUCACAUUUGCUGAUGAUGAUGAAUGGACAGAUUUUGUAUCAAGUCCAAGCAUUAAAUCUCAAAAUGGUUUAAAUACUAUAAGCCUAAAUGUCCACACAAAUUCAAGUAAGCAAAAAACUGUCAAUCAGAACAAGUUUGCAUCUGGUAGUAAUCAGAUACAGCUUGAUAUUCCAACUUUAAACUACAUUACGCCUAAAUCGAAUAAUCGUGGAAUAUACAUGGAAAAACAUUUCCAAAACUUAUAACAGUGCAGAAACCAAUUUAACAUUUCUGUUUGUAAUAAUGUACUUAAAAUAGUUACAUAAGUGUAAAUAGUGUGGUGAUGGGAUAGUAUAAUAUUUAAUAGUUUACCAAA